AUAGACCCGCCCCUAGCUGGCGUCAUUGUGUUGUGUGGAGGCGUGACUGUUGCCGGUAUGAGCUGAGAAGGAGGGACGGACAGCCCGGCCUCCCUGUCUGCCAGUCAGUCAGUCAUAUGGGACAGCAACAGUUCAGAGUGCCGUCCUGAGUGGGAAUAAUGUGACGGGAUUUGCUUUCCUUGGGCAUAGUGUGUAGUACUACUGGGGCAUCUGAUUGGCUGCAGGGGCUGGAGCUUCCGAUGUGCUAGCGAUGAAGCUAAUCGGCAGAGCUGGGCGAGAGAGUGCCACGUUGCCGCUCAGCAUAUCUCCAGAUUCGGCUUUGUCGUCCAGACAAAAGAAGAGCAAAAAGCGUUUUGUAGAGGUGAAGUCGUUCAGUCUUGAUGAACCUCUACAAGGUGAUGGCAGAGAGAAAACGGGGAGAGCUGGAAGCUUGGUCAGAUCAAAAACAUAUGAUGCCUCUUCAUCUUUAAGGCCAUCAGAUGAUCCCACAGUAGACAGACGCCGAUCUAUCACCAGCAAUCUACCAAAACACAACCUUGCUUUCCACAAAAUAUUUCGUGAUGUUCCUGAAGACGAGGAGCUAAAAGAUAGCUUUACUUGUGCCCUUCAGAGAGAGGUUCUGUACCAGGGGCGUCUCUAUAUCUCCCACAACUACUUGGGUUUCUAUUGCAACAUGCUACGCAAGGAGAUUAAGGUCUUGAUACCUGUGAGCACAGUGAUCCUUGUUAAAAAAGCAAACACCGCUUUACUAGUACCAAAUGCACUCAGUGUUCGAACCAUCCAGGGGGAUAAGUAUCUGUUUGGGUCUCUACGGAAUAGAGAGAUAUGUUACCAUGCUGUUCGUGAUGUAUGUACUAACCUGCAGGAUGGAAGUGCUUGCAACACACCAUUGUCUGCUGAGCCAAGUUCUGAGCAGUGCAACACAAUUCUGAAUUCCAGUCACUCAGACUUUGAGCAGGCCCAUCAGGAAUCAGAUGGUGCAGAGAAUUGUAUCAGCGAAGUGGCUGCCCUGCUCCAGGUCCAAAACAGAAUGAGAAGCAUUCCCAGUGAAGUAGAUGGGCAGGCUCAUGGAAACUUCAUAAAUGGGGAUGUGUGUCAGGAGAAGACCUCAAAUACCAACCAAACUCGAUGGGCAGAUGCAAGCACCGUGAAUGUUCUGCUUCUUAUCUAUAUGCUGCUAGUGUUACUGCUGCUGCUCUCCUCCGGAUAUAUUGGUUUGCGGAUCAUGGAGCUGGAGAACCAGCUGAGUAUCAUGGGAGCUUGGCCAGCAGGAGGCGAGACCCACUGAUCUCGGGACACGUGAGGUGAAUAUAACCGGCAUUGCUGCCUGUGACAUCUAUCUAACUAAACUGCUUGAUAAAGUAACUAAUGGACUAGACCAGCUGGGUGUUGCAGUGAAGACUCAAGGUCUCAGCUGAAAGCGAGGGAACAGGCACCAAUACAAGCAAAGGAAGGUCACUGCUACUAUAAAAAAAAAAAGUUUUGUUCAGUCCUAAACUGAAAUACAGGAAACAGCAUUUAUGGGAAGAGUGACUGACUGAAAUUCUACCAAAUCAUAAUGGAAAUGGAUUGAUUUUUAUCAAGGAUUGGUCUACAAAGUGAUUGCUGAACUGCACUGCAUAGGACACUUUUCUAACAUGUGAAUGUUUUACUUUCACAGGUGUGAGAGUUGUGACAGGAACAGGAAACCUAGUAUUUCAUAGCUGAUGUCUGUCUGUGCAGGUGUAUAUGCCUCAUUCACAGCAAGUGGGUAGAUUCUGAAUGCCUUAAUCUAGAAGUCUACUUUGUUUUCUCACAAUGAGAAAUGUUAGUGUCCAAAUAUGCAAUUGAAAAGUACACGUGUCCUGUGAAAUAAAGUUAAUCUAAGUAGUUUAAGGCCUCAUAACCGCUAGCAUUUUCUAAAUGUGUUUCACCAGCAAUUUUAAAUUAGAAAAUGAGUGUGACAGUGUAAAAUUGAUCCUAGUGUUAUCAUCCCCAAUGGUAUUUUCCUUAUGCUUUCCAAUGGAAAAAAUACACAUCAAAACAUGUUUACUUAUCUUUACUAGUGUUCAACACAUUUAAAUAUCAGUUUGUAUGUAACCUAAAGAAGCAGGCGGCAAACCGAGUCUUUGUGCGCACCCAUGUAGUUUACUUUUUUCCCCACAUGGUAAAUAUAUGUAGCCUGAUUUUUUUUUUAAAUGGUUCCAGUAAUAAUAUUCAGUGGGGAAAUUUAAUUGUUUUGGACGUCUAAUUUUCCCGUCUAAUCUGGACUUUCUAGACGCCCACAUAAUUGUCACUAUUCAAUUGUUUGGGCGCACAUGCAUAUCGUGCAUGUCACGACCAAACAGACAGAGUUUAGCUGCUUAAAACGGCUAAACCCGUCUAAAGUCCUGCCAAAUUUGCAUGCAUUUUUUUUCACACACCUCAGCAGGUUGUGAGAAAAAAAUGUCCUCUGUGGCUGCUGGGCUCCCUAACGGCAAAACAAUUGAAUUGCUGCUGUCAAGCGGCACCUAGUGACAGCCGUGAGAAAAACAAUUGAAUUCCCCGCUAUGUGUAGUAUACACUGUUUGUUUUUACUGCAUAUAGCAUGAACAAAUGACAUUGCAAACAUAUGUAAAUGCAUUGAGAACAUACCUUUAUUUCAACACCUUGCAGAAAACGUAUCAAAACACAUAUGUGGUUAUGAAGCCUUAGGAUAUGUGUCCAUUAUAACAGAGGCAUUCAGCAUGUUGCCUUCCAGCUAUUGUGGAACUAUACAUCUUAGUAUGCCAUGCCACAAUUUUGCUGUCAGGGCAUGCUAAAACUGUGUUAGGGCAUGCUAAAAUGUGUAGUUCCACAGCAGCUGGAGGGUCACAUUUUGAAUACCCUUGCACUGUAGAAUUUUCUGCGUCUCCCAGCCAACAUCCUGCAUCAAUAUGCAGUAAGCAUAGAUACCUCUGAUAGCUACGUGAAAGCACACCAUCUGUGCCCACUUUUUGUUUCAACUGGAGGCUGUAGUAUUUUGGUUUGGACAGCACAUCAUUCAAAAUUUAAGUCUGCACAGACAGUGCAGUUCUCAUAGCUAUCAAUGAUCUUUGUAAUUAUCUCCUUUUACACUACAUCCUGCAUGUGGUGACUGCAGCUAAAUUUUAACACGCACUGCUAGAGGAGAGCCUUAGGUAGCUACUAUACCUUAAACAGGCUUCACAGCUCCUAGUUAUAUAGAGGCCAAGUUCAUAUGUCUGCUUUUCUCUACAGGCAUCUGUUUACUUCUGUAUAAAAAAAAGAUUUUAUGAGACCAUAAAUGAAUUGACCGUUAAGUAUUUCAAUCAGUUUUUUAAAUCUACUACAGUUGUUUGCAAAACAUCUCAAUGAUUACCUCACAGCUAUGCAAGUACAACCUAGAUCAUCUACAUCAAGGCUGUUAAUAGUGUGUAUUUAUGAGUGGUUAUUUAAUCCACAUAUUUUGUAAUAUAGGGGCAGAUUUAUUAAGCCUGGAGAAGUGAUAAGUGGAAGGUGAUAACGCACCAGCCAGUCAGCUCCUAAAGGGGGGUACACACGGAGAGAUCAGUGCUUAAAUUCUAAGCAAUCUGUCUAGAUUGUUUAGAACUUAAGCACGGAUCUCUUUGUGUGUACCCCCACAGCGAUAACGAUACGGGGCCCCGCGUUUCGCUAUCGUCGGUGCUAGAUUGGCCUGCAUGGCACAAUCUAGCAGGUUGCUCAUUUCACCGCUGGGUGAAAUGAGCACCCCUCCCCGUCCGCCCCCUCACUCGGCACACAUCGCGUUGUGCUGAGCAGGGGGAGAUGUGUGCUGAGUGGUCACUGAUAGAUCGCUCAGCACACCCAUAAUGAUUGGCUGGUGCGUUAUCAUCUUCCACUUAUCACUGCUUUAUCACUUCUCUAGGCUUAAUACAUCUGCCCUUUUAUCCUCUAAACCAGGGGUGGGGAACCUGCGGCACUCCAGCUGUUGCUGAACUACACAUCCCUGCAUAGCCAAAUAGCAAAACUGUAGCAGGGCAUGCUGGUAUGUGUAGUUCAACAGCAGCUGGAGGACCAAAGGUUGCGCAUCCCUGCUCUAAACAAAUUAUAUUUGUCUGAAAUAUUGUAAUAUAAUUUAAAAUAGUGUACAUUACAGAUUUUUACAUAGAUUAUUUAUAUAUACAUAUUGCACUUGUCUCUUUUUGUACCAGAUAAAGAUACAAUCCUAAGCAAUAAAGUUUUUUGCAUUUA